AUGAGCGCAUCACUUUUCAAUGCCGCGACGACGAGGACGACGAGUAGUAUCACCUCUUCCUCUUCCUCUUCUUCUUUUUCGAGAAGAUUACUUUCCACGACGACGACGUCUUCCUCUCUCAAGAGCACGACGAACAACAACAACAACAACAGAAAGGUUGGUCGUGGUGCCGUCGUCGUCGUCAAUGCGGUGUACUCGGAGAAGAACUUAGGUUCUGCUACCGUCAGAGGUACGGUCAGAAAAAGCAAUGAAGACAGAUUAGCGGCGACGUUUAACCCAACUCCGCAACCAGGGAAACCUUCGGUAAUCAUAUCUGCUUUGGAUGGUCACGGAGGCGAUGCCGUCUCGGAUUGGCUCUCUAAAAAUUUACAUCAAACGAUCACAAAGAAUAUGAAUCCAGAUAAAUUUCCGUUGGAGGCGUUGUCGGAGAGUUGCAUAGAGUGCGAUGAAGUGUGCAUUGCGCCCCCGGAAGGUUUUUGGGCAUCCUUCGGCGAACGCGGCAUCGGCGGCGCCAAGUGCGGCAGUACCUUGGCUUUAGCGGCAAUCGUUGAUGGCAAUAAAUUGUGCACGGCGAACGUCGGAGAUGCGAGAGUUUUGUUAAUCAGAGACGGGAAAGCGGUGCAACUUUCCGUCGACCACAUUCCGGACGAUGAAAACGAGAGAAAGAGAAUCGACAGAGGAAACCCGAACUUGAGAAAAUCGAUGGUUGAGUUUACGAAUGGAACGUGGAGAGUUGGCGGCGUUUUGGCGCUUUCGAGAGCGUUUGGUGAUUCUUUUUUGAAAACUUCCGGGAAGUUCGAAGGUAUCGGAGAGAAGAAUGCCGAUUAUGGGUCUGGAUUUGGUUUGAACGCGGAACCAGAUUGCGCUUUUGAACAAAUCACGGAGAAAGACACUUGGGUAUUGUGCGCUUCCGAUGGUUUGUUCGAGAACGAAGUCCGAGGCGGGGGUGGCGGUUUGACGAACGAAAAGAUCGCGGAAAUGUUGAACGCGACGACUGCUGACCCGCAAACCGUUGCCAAAGAACUCAUCGCCGCCGCCGUGAAAGGUGGCUCCACCGAUGAUAUCACGGUCCAGGUGUUGAAGCUCUAA